AUGUGGGGGUUGAAAUUUUUAAUAAUAUUCGUAGUGGCAAAUGGGUCUCUAUCAGAUCCUUCGGCAGUAGACGUUUUAAAAGAUAUGUACCAUUCUUGUAUUAAAGAUUUUUCAGUAGGUUGUGUUAGACCCAAAGCUUUAUGGUGGAUUAAUUACGUGUCGGACAAAAAUAACAUCAAGUUAACCGAUGACUUGGUACUAGUCAAAAACGAGCAAGUUAAUGAACAGGAUCGUUCAUUUGAAAAGAACAACAUCCUGGAUCGUUUUGACAAUUUCUUGCUCGGGCAUAACCUUAUUGCUAAGGUUCCUUCUGUGUUGAGCUCAGAUGGACCAUUAACAAGCCUCGUUCCUAGAAGCUUUCUUCAAUCGCAACCUAUUGAAGUACCACUCUCAGCUACUGGUCGGUCGUCUAAAAUUGUGAAAAAAGUCAUAUUCCCAUUUCUGUUGGGACUGAAAUUCAAAACGGCAGUACUUGUGCCGCUUGCACUAGGCCUAAUCGCUCUCAAAACAUGGAAAGCAUUGACUUUAGGACUUAUUUCUCUGGUACUAACUGGGGCUGUAGCAAUUUUCUCCAAGUUCGUCAAACCUCCACAAUAUGAAGUUGUCCACUACCCUCACAUUGACGCCCACCAUAUUGACUAUAUAAGUCCCCAAAUAGUGCAACAACUACCAGUUGUAGCUCCAGCACCUGUUUAUGGAGCUCCAGCAUCUGUUUAUGGCGCUCCAGUUUACAGACACAAGAGGGCAGCUGCUGAGAUGGCUUACCGAGGGCAACAAUAAAAUUGUUGGUUCGUACUGAAGAAAUUUUAAUUUAUUAAUUUAUUGUUAAUUUUUAAUUGAAUAAAGCUAAAUGAUUUUGAUUUUUUUUUUUUUUUUUUGAAGUUGGUAUAUAUUGACUUAUAAGAUACAUACAUGUGUGCCGAGAAUAUUUGUCGCCCCAAAUGAAAUUUUGAAUUAAAAGCAUCAUUAAAUUUGCG